AUGCAUCUGAUCUUAUCAAGAAAUAAUUUUGCAAAAAAAGAAGAAUUAUCUGUUAAAGAUCUUAGCAAGAUCUUGGGAUGUCCUCAGCCACGAACUUCUACUGAAAAAGCAGCUUUUGAAAACGGUUGGAUUGCAGCCGAUGGAUUUGUUAGUGAUUCAAAUCAUCGUCGUUGCUUAUUUAUGAAUCAAACUCGAUUCACAUUGAAUCCAUUGACAUUUAUUAAACAAUUAAUUGAAAAUCGAAAUGACUUUCAAGCACCUAUAUCAUCACAUGUUGGUAGCAUUAUUCUUAAUUCAUGUAAAACUUAUGGAACCAUAACUGAAUAG